GGUAGUUUCAAGGUCGGAAAGAUGAUACGAGUUUUCGAAAGUCCCGCUGCGUUUUGCGUACAUCUUGGAGUGACUGUCUUCAUCUACACCGGAUGCAUAGGCUCCUACAGCACGGGAACCAUCACGACCCUCCAGCGACAGUUCCUGUUCAAAAGCUCCGAAAUCGGUGUUCUCCUCGCCGUCAACGAUGUCGUCUCGAUGGUCACAGUGACGCUGACGGCAUACCUCGGAGCCAGUCGACAUCGUCCACGGAUCCUUGGAUGGUUCACCCUCCUAUUCUCCGUGGGAUGCGUCAUUACAACCAUACCGCAAUGGGUUGGAGAGAGUGCCUUCCAGAAUGCCACAUCCAGUUCUAAUUCGACCAACGAUUUAAUGUGUGAUGUUACAAGUGAGUAA